UUCACAUUUACCUCCCUUACCGGAAGUUGGAGCAGCACAUGUAUGGCGGUAGGAAUCAAAACGUAAACAACAGUAUGCCGACAGAGGACCGGGGUUUGUCAGUGCGGCAGUUUCUCCACACAACCGUGUUCUCACAGUGCUUCUCUCCAUGUGGGAAAUACCUCGUGGCAGCCAACAAUUAUGGCCAGAUCGCCGUGUUCAAUUUAUCCUCCAGUCUGUCGCCAGAUGCUGUGGAUACCUCCUACAGUCCAGUCUUCACAUUCAGAGCUAGCGAGGAUGGAGCUGUGUACUGCCUUGCCUCCACGAGCACGCUCCUUAUAAGUGCUGGGGAAGGAGACAUCUGUGCAUGGAGGUGGGCAGACAUCUUGAAUAAGGCUCCUAAAAUCAUCUGGUCAUUUUCUCUGCCCAAAAAAGGAGUGUUUACAAACCCAGAAGUUAACUCCAUUGUGAUGGAUCAGCAGGAGACCGGGCAGAAGCUAGUUGCCGGGUGUGGUGACAACAACGUGCAUGUGUGGGACAUGGAGUCCGGGAAUCUAGAGCAAACUCUGGGCGGCCAUGAGGACUAUGUCCAUCGUGUCUGUCUGAAGAACGAGGGGCGGGAAUGUCUGUCUGCAUCGGAGGAUGGAACUGUUAGAAUGUGGGACCUGAGAUCGCCCGGAGAGUCCGUUCACAUACUGGAACCUUCCAAGCAUGAGAUGUGUGGUCGGCCAGAGAUGGGCAGAUGGCUGGGCUGUGUGACGUUAGACUCCGGGGAAGACUGGAUGGUGUGUGGCGGUGGGCCGAAGUUGGCGAUGUGGCACAUGAGAUCUCUCCAGCCAACCACAACGUUCAACACACCGGGCGUCUGUCAGACAUUUGCCCGAUUUCACGAUGACACACUGAUAUCGGGAGGGACUGAGCCGAUGGUGAACCACUGGUUCCUGAACGGGGAGCUGAAACAGGGGGUGCCGUGUACGCCCACCAGCGUCUUCAACGUCAACAUCAACCUCAACUCCGACAAGUACAAGGUGCUGAGUGUUGGAGGAAGCAGUGCAAUGAUAGACGUCUGCACCAACUUUGGCUACAAAGCUUUCUCUCUCAAGUUCAAGACAUCAUAGACAACAUGAACAGGAUAUUACCAAUAUAUUCAUCCAAUGUCAUAAGAGGCACAAGUCUAUUCCCAUAACUUUUAACAUUAUCCACCACUAUCGUGAUAGUGAUCAAGUACUCUGACAAGACAAAUAUACUGUAUUCUACGUAAUAAGCGCCCACAGCGAUAUUUGCUAAUAUAUUGGCUAGUGAACAAUCCCAAUUAGCACCCCUUCUGAUUAAUUAAUGAUUACACAAGACUUAUUUAUUCGCAUAUAAUACGCAGUCGUG